AGAAAAUCGUUUCUUUUGCUGAAAAAGGCAACCUGACGACUAACGCCGUCGCAGAAGCCAUCGUUCGUCUCGUUGUUGGUACGUUUCACGGAGGAGCUAAGCGAAACCCUAAUUCAAUAGCAGGGAAAGUUCUGUGAAGAGCGACACAGAGAGAGGACCGAGAAUGACGGUCAAACUGUUGGAAUCGCUACCUCCUACAGAAACGUUAGAAAUGGAGAAUGGUCUGAAGCUCGUGCCGCGUCUGAAACUCAAUUUCACAGUCUAUCAUUCAUCCCCUUCCGUGAGUAAGUCCCUUGAUGAGUGGAAGUUGAAGCGAGCUCUCAUUGACUUUCUCAAGACUUCGCUUUCGGUUCCGGUCAUAGUUCCUGAGGAGGAUUUGGUGAUCAAACGCAUUAAAGAGCUUAAGACACGCAAGCGCGAAGACCCACUUGCUCGCGGUACUCUCUUCGUGCGAGAUCUUGGGUUUUUGAAAACUGUUAACAAGAGAUACGAGGAGGAGGAAGAAGAGGAAGUCACCGCGUUGGAGAAGAAGUUUUUGGAUUGGAGGCGGGUUCUGGUUGAGAAAUUGGAUGGGAUUGAGCUGAAUCUUGAGGGGUUCAAAUUCAAACUCACUGUUGUUAUACCAGAAUCUGAUAAUUUUGAGGAAAUGAAGAAAGCUUGGGAGGAGUUUUACGCAUUUGGGAAUCGGGGAUAUUCGAGAAGUGGGAGCCAAGGACCCGAUACCAUUACCUUGAGAGGCGCACCAUCAAGGUGGUUUGCUGAGCCUCGGGUUUCGUCUAAGCCCUCCAUGUUGGUCACACAUACCAUCUUUUCUACAUUUGGAAAGAUAAGGAACCUAAAUAUUGCUGUGGACGAUGAUUUUGGUAAGGAUGGCAAUGAGGAUGGAGAAGACAUAAUUUCAGGUUUACACUGUAAAAUAACAGUUCAGUUUGAGAAACACCGGGACUUCUAUAAUGCUUUGAAGGUGCUGUCUGGUCGUUCAUUGCAGAAGCAAGGAUCUCGUCUCUGGGCUGAUUACGAGGUCACCUGGGAAAAGGAUGGCUUUACCCUAUACUCAAGAAGUCAAACACAGGUUAAUGGCAGCAGAAUGCAGGAAAUGGCAGCAGGGAAAUUUAAGAAUGAGGCCUUAAGACGACAACGAUAUUCAGGCUCCAUUCCUGAUGAUUCACAGCGCAAGAGGUUCAAGGAAUAGGAGAAGUUAACUAUGUAGGUUGCCUCAGUGAAAACUUAAAGCUUGCUUCUGGCAUUACUCGCAGCUCCUUUUACAGGCACAAAAUGGUCUUCUGCAAUUUGUGAUGACAAUCUCCCUGUUUCUCAUUCAAAAUUCUACAAUUUGAUGCCCUCGCAUCAUAUUGCAGGAUGCUAUAUUGCAAAUUGUGGUUUGUUCUAAUAUCUUCUCUCUCUCCCACAGGCCCACAUGUAUAAUCCCCUGGCCUCUGAAUUUUUUGUAUAAAUGCUUAAGAAACCGGCUGGAGCUAACAUAUUUAUCAGAGAGGAGGUAUAAAAACUUUCGUGUUACUUAGA